AUGGACUUUGCUUUGUGGCGCACCAUUGGUAACCAGGCCCUGAUCAAAAGUAACAUCAACAACUGGAUCGCUUGCCAGGAGAACAGUGGCAGUAUUGUGAGACAGAAGGCCGGGUCACUCAGCUGUAAACUGGUUAAACAGGUUUCCCAGCAGUGUGCUGGGGUAGUACCAACAUCCCUUACGGUACACAGCAACGGGCCGUACCUGUUGUCCAGCAAUGGUAUCUACUAUCACUUUGACGGUAGAACAAGCAACGACUGGCCCGUUCAUGACCCAUGUGGUAAAACCCAACUAAAUCAGUUAAAAAGCGUUGCCAAUCCACAUGGUAAUAUUUUUAUUCGUUAAAAAGCCAAUUAUUUUCUCUUCCUUGUUCCACUUGAUUUGAAUGCCUUGAGAAGCUGGAGUGAACUGCAUGGGAGACUUUAUUAUGCCGGCCAGAUUUAUAAGAUUUUUGCAAAAUUUAAUCGAGAUGUAAUGUCUUUUUUACUCAGUAGUCCAGUUAUUUUUUGUCGAUCUGGUCACUGAACUUAUUGGUUGAUAGUCGUUGUUUUGCUGUCCAAUUUUUUAAACAUCUCAUCCACAUCUCACUCGUUUGGUGGAUUUUACUACAACAACAAGUUUGUUCAGUGUUACCAUUUCUGUGCAUGGUUUUACCAUAUUUAAGAGAGUUAAGAAUAUACAGAUAUAAUUGAAUGAUAUAAUUAAUUAUAUUAUGUUCUUUCGUCUUGAAUGCUUGGAAGACGAAAGUAGAACGUUAGCCUACUGAUAUUCGAAUCAGUAUUGCUGAAAUGAGUAAGAAAACAGACUUAAUCAUGGUUGUUAUUGUAAUUUGUAGCUAAUCAUGAGUGACGUGUUUUGGUCUGGUUGGUUUUAAUAAAAAACAAGAAUCGCGGAAAGGCAAUUUUUAACUGGGCUGCAAAGGGGCUAUUUUUUCUGAGGGGAGGGGGUGGCUAUACACACUCAGGCUACUACAAAACCUUGUCGCCGACCAUUGCAUGCGACAGAAUCUCAUGUGAGACUGAAACAUAAACUCAUUCAGAACAUUGUACCCUUUUGAAAGACUUUGGUAGCCAAAAAAAAGAGUACCAUUUUUAAGUGGGGGCUGUAUAAUAACUGUUAAAUUCCACCAUUAUGAAUAAAAAUAAACAAGUUAGCCAUUAAUCCUAAGCAGGAAACGAUUUUCAUUAUUUUCACGCACCCCUCCCCCAAUCCCUCUGUGCCCCAAAAUAUAGCGUGACAGUAUAACGUGACUAAUUUGACGUAACCGGAAAUUCGAAAAAUUGUUGUCGUUCUACGAGCAUAAAGUGCGACCGACGGAGCUGAUUUACACUAGACAGAAAUAUUGUAUUGUAUGAAAACCAGAAGUAUACCAAAACAGACAGCCAACUACCCAUUGAUCUCGCCUGAUCCAGGGGCCGCCGACUGCACUGAGACUUUGCUGCGCUUUUCACAAACAUGAGAACUCAGAUGAGAACUCUAAACUUCAAACGCAACCUUCACAAUUGUCUUUUUCAUUGCCGUCAAUCAUAAUUACGAUCACAAGCGACGAACCUUGAAACAGAGAAACACAAAACGGAUCGAAAUCCACAAAUCACAAACCAUGACCUUUUGAACCCGUGAAGUAAAGUUUUGUUUCUUAAGAGGUCCUUUAAGAUAAGAUGAUUGACAGCAGCGAAAAACGCAAUCGUCGUUUGGCUUCUAAACUUCAGAAUUCGCAUGUUUGUGAAAAGUGCAGUAAAUAGACGAUCCUAAUUUGCGGUCUACAGUCUGAGUCUACAUGAAAACGCACUAUUUUUUCCACAAGAUAAAAAAUAUUCAGUUUUAAGAUUUUCCUCUUGGUAUUUUUCUCUAACUUAAAGGAAUAAAAUCCUUUGCAUUUUGUGACCUAAAAAAGUUUAAAGAUUUCUCGCUCGCAUGUUGCUUUCAUCAGCACGCACUUCAAACAAUGUAUUUUACCCGAUACCGAUAUGAGUAGAAAAAUUCGCUCGAGUUCAUUGCUUGUCUCACCCAUGACUAACUUUUCUUCAUGGACGAUAAUUAUGCCGCUUUAUUUGUGCCAGCUAAACAAUAUGGAAUCAUUAUUCACAGUCCUUGGAUAUUAAAAAGACUGAACGUGACGCACUAUUGUGACUUUGUUUACUUCUGAUCACAUCUUCAAGCGAAGUCUCUCUUUUCAAGAGAUUCAUCUCAAUGCACAAUAAUUGACCCUUACAUUAGUUAAAACCCUAUGGUUCAUUUACUGAGUAUAUUAAUGCUGUUUUUGCCCCUCACAUUGACUGUGUUCGUUCGUAUUCAAAACACCUUUAGGAAAAUAAAGGUCAUAUAAGUCAUGAGUAUUAUGUUUCGAGAUAAAUGGAUUACACUCUUUUUUUUUUAUAAGAAUAUUGUUUUCCAGGGCCAGGCUGAAUAUUCUUACUUUUCCCCCGAUUUUAGGCUGUAAAUAUUCUUGUAUUAUUCUUAAUAAUAGCUUAUGACAUUUCCGAAUUAGAAUAUAUUAAGGUAUCAAUUAUAGUUUUGUUAAAUAUAGUUAGCUAGUUUUGCCGUUUAAAGAAAGGAAUAAAUUGAAAAGGUAUAUUUGUAUUGUAUUUACAGAUUUUCACCACACGAAAUUAUAUCCUUUUCAAAAUCUCAGCCUGGAGUUUAUUCUUAAAGUAUUCUUAAGAUUUCGCAAAUUUCAGCCUCGAUAUUCUUAUAAAAUAUAUUCUUAUAGAAAAAAAAGAGUGUAUACGCUUUUUUAAGUUUCCAUUUUGCGGUGACUUCAGUUUACAUCUCCAUAAAAUGGAACUCGCUAAUGCCCAUAUAGCGUGCUUGCUGAAUGGGCGAAAACACAGAAUUGUGAUCACAAGAUCAUGUACAAAUUUAAUGAUAAAAGCUUAGCAAGAUACAGAUACAAACAAAGGCAAACUCCCUGAAACCUCGACGUGGGCUACACUUGUAUGCUCUACUCAGUCACCAAACCUUGUCAGUAAUAGCUCCUAUUUUCCUCAAGUCAAGCCUUGAACUUGUGUGCGAAAUUCUCAGAGUUCCUAUUUUUGUCCGUGUCUUCUUUAUCCUCAGUAUCCGAAAUUUAGACCUCCAAAUUAAAUAGAAGGAAACAUUUAAAGGAAAAGCCACUCUUCUAACAUGGCAAAGUUGUCACGUCCCUCGCUCAUGGACGUGCGUAACAUCAGGAUUCAUCUGACAUUCAUUGGCAACUGAGUUGUUCGCUUCACUGACUACGACAGCUUACAAUCAAGUCUUCAGCCAUAGUGUCGUCAACUGGUGAAAUACUUUGCUCAUAAAUUGUGCUUCUUAACUGCUCAUGUACUACAUCGAUCGAUAAUUCUCUCUUUGAGUUCACGAAGCGGCCCCGUCGUUCCAAACCUGACGCUAACAGUCAUCUUUUGGUGUGAACCUACCGUGAACGGCGUGUCGGUUUGUAUGCAACGUGAGAAUUUCUCUGAGUUUCCCAGCGCCAACAUCAUCCAACUGACUUAAACUCGAACAAUAAAAAAAAAUAAAUAGAGUGACUCCCAUGAUCGAAUAGCCUCCCCGCAGACGUCCUUUGGGGUUCGUUUGUCACGCAUUCAUUUCUCCCAAACGAACCCCAAAGGACGUCUGCGGGGAGGAUAAUGAUCGAAUCGCUUCCAACAACGCAAAUAGCGUUCUUCAAGUUCGCAACGCCUUGUGGGUUUUUCAAGGGGGAGCGGAGACGAGGUACAAAAAGUAUCCGUGCAAGGGCUUAUGCAAGAGAAAAUCCUGUGAAACCAUUUGUGAGAACAUCGUUUCUCGGUUCCAGACCCUCGUGUCUUCCCUCCCCCGGAUGACGGUUUUUUGACACCGACAACCGACAACCGAAUUUAUAACUGGGCCGCACAGGCAGCCCAGUAAAGAGUCUUUCUCAAAUCAUCAUAUAAGUCACAGUGAAAUAAUACGUGCAUUUCAUUUUCAACUGAGUUUAAACUGCAGUGAUCACAAAUUCUAAGAUCUUCGAGAGUUUUGGGAAUUGUAAAUCUUCCAGUUUCGAUUCAGUUUAAGUCAUGUUUUCCUAUCCCCAAUUUGGAGGCGAUUCGUUUAUGUUCAGGACUGCCUGGUAUGAUUAAUGAAUUCAGAGUACUUUGUUUCAUGUUUAAAGAUGGAGUAGAAUUUUAGUUUUUUAUUUGUACUUAUAAUCAAACUGAGUUGGUGGUUUUUUAGAGGUAGUGACAAAUUAUGUUCUGGUUUUAAUAGAAAAGUAGAAGGGUUUUCAAAGUUAACUGAUUUCUUAUUAAUAUUAAGUUGUGCACGUAAAAGAUUUAUUUUAUUUAUCAAGCAUGAUUUGUUUUCUUGGGCCAUUUUAUCCGAUAUGUUUAAGCAAGGUUUAACGAUGCUCUAAGGGGGUUGAUUGUCAAGGUGAAUCCAAAAUUUGAAAAUAUUCAUUGUUAUUUGUAACUUGAGAGAUAAUCUGCCAAGUUCAUUUCUCGAUACAAGAAUGAUAUGUGUUUUCUCAAUGGAGUCUUUUUCCCAGCUACUAUCACAUUUAUCAUAGAUUCCCCGCCAAACUUCGGAGCAAUAAGUAAAAAUUGGAAAAAAUAGUGUAUUGAACAGUUUGUUGACGAUGAGAAUUAGUAAUUUUAGAAAAUCAAGGUAACGACGCAACUGAGGCAAAAAAGGAUAUAUAGCUGCCAUAUAGUUGGCUGAGAUUUGCGUAGGAGAGUCCUGUCGAAUGUUUGCAUUAGCUAAAUAUAGAAGAAUACUGUAUGUUCAUGACACAGUAUGAAAAAUCAGCCAUUUCCUUUUUUACUUUUGAACGGAUUCCCCAAUUCGAUUGCGUAACAGGGAAUUGCUGGAGAGCAUACCUACCUUUACAAAAUUACAGGGCAAAAUUGAUUCGCCAAUUGAAUGAAAGGAUGCUAGUAAAGGACAGAGAAGUACAGGAAGUAAGAAGCAACAACCAGCUACUGACAGUAUUCCCUGAAGGUUUGGGUGGAGUCCUCUCGAAAGUAAUCAGGUGGAGGUGUGCGCAUGCUCCUUGCAAGCCAUUCACCAUUUCAGAUCAAAAUGUUCGAUUUCCCAUUCCCUCCCCUAUCGAGCCUGACCUAAAAGAACUAGAUAAUCCUAUUUCAAACCAGCCGUUUUUAUUUUGUGACACGUACAUUGUACUGUGAUAAGUGAUAGCCAGCUGAUCCAAGUGAGACGCCACUUUCGUUUGCCCCAAAUUCCUGACGUUUAUCCUCUUUAAAAACCGAAGAGAGAUUUAACCCUUUAAGUCCCAGUGGUGAACAACAUCAAUUUUCUCCUAUAAAGAUAUACUCCAGGCCCCAGUUUUAAUGGGUUCUAGACGGUGCAUGUAUACUCUACCAUAUCUAUGAUAGAGUACGACGAAUAAAAUAUGUUCUACUUAUUGUCAAACCAAAGAAAUCAAAAAGGUCGCAAAAAACAUACCUUGGACGUCAGACAUUCCUACACAAGUUAAUAAUGAUACUGAUCUUUUUAACCUUCGUAAGCCUCCGCCAGCAUCAGCUUCCCUGAUUGGACAAAAACCAAAAAUCUGUCCACUGAAAUGCGCUGAAACUCCUCCCUUUUGCAGUAAAAACAUUAGCUAGCUACUUUAUUGUCUUAAGUCAGUGCCUUUGAUUUGCUGACGAGAGCAGAGUGGCAUUGUUGGUUGGCCUUGUGCAAACUCGAAAAUGUUUUGCUAUGCUCGUUUGCCCAGUUUGUUAAUCGUUUUCUGUGCUUUCUUCUUAGCCAGGUAAGGCAGUGUUUAAUUCUUAACGUUGCUCCGUUGAAGGUCUGUGCUUUUCGCAAUGCUCAGCUAGGGUUUCCCCCUUUAAAAGUUCGCCCGAAUCCCAUGCAAACAUGCGUGUUUCAUGUUAUUUCAAUAGUUAAAAUGAGACAGACGUCAUACGAUUUGGAAUUGAGAGCUUAGUUAUCUAUAUUCACGUUCAAACUUCUCGCUUCAAUCUGGAUAACUGAGGGGUAUUGUUCUUUGUGACUCGCCAAGCAAAUAAACACAUUUCGGUUCAUGAACAUCAACCUGGAACAUGUGGUAUUAGAUUACAACUUAGUCACCAGGGCCCGGUUGCAUAAAACCAGCACUUAAGUGCCCACUUAAGUAGGUCACUUAAGAAUCCGUUAUGGGUACACUUACGGGUGUUGCACGGAACACACUUAGCACUCUCGUAAGUUUCUGUUUUACGUGGUAACUUACGGGCUAACUUAAGGGCGCACGUAACUUUGUUAUAGUACUUUUAAUUAUUAAUUUGACUCACUCUAUUUCUUUAAAAUAAGUUAACCAUUGGUGAGUGUAAAGAAAGUGUCAAUUCGUUUCGAACACUUUUUAAGCCUCUCAUUCAAAUAAAGUUUACAUGAAAUCGUUAUUUUACUUCAAUAUCCACUGGAAAUGUUUGUUGUUCUUCUUUUUUCUUAACGACGGCUUUAAAUUGUACAUCAGAGGUUAGCAAAGCGCAUUAGAACGGAAUAACGUAAAGAAAAAACAAUGUUUUUUCACUUCUCGGUAAAAGAUCUCGUUAACUUUAGUAAAAACAGUAAGGAUACGGGACCUACAUAGGUUCCGUCAAUUUAAGUGCUAAUUUUCCCGUAAAAAAGGUUUUAUGCAACACCCGCAAUUUCUGUUGCAUAAAUGACGCUUAAGUGAACACUUACGAAAAUCGUAAGUGCAGCCACUUUAGUGAAACCUCUAAGUGGACCACGUAAACGAUUUAAUGCAACUGACUUAAGUUACGAGUACACGUACGUAUACACGUAACUGUUACGGGCGUUUUAUGCAACCGGGCCCAGGGCCGAGUUGUUCGAAGGCCGGUUAGCGCUAACCCGGGGUUAAAUUUUAACCCGGGUUUCUUUUUCUUUUCAUCAAAAGCGUUUUCUCGGAAAAUUUUCUGUAUUCUAUUUAGAGUAUUUAAUCAUCAAAUUGUAGAAAAAAGAAUUACUAAACUGAAUUUGCAUUUUAAGCUUUCAUAUCUGAAUUCAAAUUUUGUACUAACCCUGGGUUAUGUUAACCCGGCUUUGAACAACCCGGCCCAGUGCUUUUUCUUUAGAAAAUGGGAGGGGCGGGAAAGCCCUGGGACGAGGUUGAUCAGAUUCCUUAGCACUGUGAUGCGCGUACAGUUGACUCCCGAUAACUCGAACCAAAAUCGAUUUCCCUUGGAUUUCCUUCAUACAUUUACUGUAACUCGAACCCUCGAUAUAAACUCGAACCUCCCGUAACUCGAAAUUAUUUUUGUUUAGCGCUGUACUGAUUAAUCAUGCUUUGUUGCUUACUUUCUCCGUGUUCAAAAUAUCAACAUAUCUCUUGAUGCCCUUGAAGUGAUCGUGCAUGAUACUUGUAUUGCUCCCCUAUCCGGAUCCCAUUUCUUUUCUCAGUUCUUGUUAUUUGCUUCGAAACUCGAACUGUUUUCUAUUUCCCUUGAAGGUUCGAUGAGUUAUCGGGAGUCGAUUGUACUUAUUCUUGCAAGUCAAGAAAGGAUAAUAGGAAAAAGAGGUAUCCCUUAGAGCGUUGGCUAGCGUACGUGAAUUUCACGUUAUUUUUGGAAAUAGGAAGUAGGUUGGCACAGCAGUCCCUAAAGAUCCUUAGUAAAGGCAGCACAAUAGAACCGUACGGAAAGUAAUUGACUGGAAGUGCUCUUGAUAACGUGAAAGUCUCUUGUCAGUGGCUACACCAAUAGUUACUUCGACCUUAUCACAUUUCAAUUCAAAGUACUUGUAGCCAGCGAACAACCACCCUCUCCCCCCCAAUAAAUCUCUCUCUCCCCUGAUCUUUUUCAAUUGGCUGGUGAGUGGAAGAAGAAAACGAGAAGCAAGAGAGCUAUCUCUCCCUUUUCUUACCUCAUUUCCUUUCCCCGAGUCGAGCCCAGAGCCCUCUCUUGUUCCAGUUUUAAUUGGCGCAUCCUUUUGGGGACUAUAUAGCACGUCAAAUCGAGGUAUCUGAUGAUAAAACCCUGUUUUGUCCUCUUAGAGCACUGGAUCAAGAAAGGUACAAAGUUCUGGAAAUUGAUUCAAAAGGGAAUCUUUAUCUUUACCGGUCCGCUUUGCUUUGCAAGAAUGAAAUAAUCAAAAGGUUAACUGAAGACAACUUCAAACUGGUUGAACCAAGCACUAUUGGUAAAGUACAGAGUUUUACAUCUUAUAAUCAAAACAGCGGAGUUACUUCUCUCGCCUCACUCCCUAGCCUGCGAACAGCAGACGCAUUUCCGGUCGUCCGGAAAUGCGUCUGCUGUUCGCAGGCUACCCACUCCCCAACUCUCCACUAAGUACACUUACAACUCUCAUAUACAGGCCACAAGGAAAAAAAAUAAAUGCCCAUUGGUUUAUGAAUGAUCUGUUUUAGGGAAUCGAUGCUAGGCUACGGUGGCCUAUCCGAGAGUGGGUGAUUCCCGGCUUCCAUACAAGCACUAAAUCGCGUAUACACUGUAAUAGUUAAGCGGUGAUGUAUAAUCAAAGAUACUUGGCACCAAAACAAGCCUAUUCAUUUGCACCUUGUUUUUCCUCUAAUUAGAAAAAUACGUCUCCCCCAUCGUCUCAACAACUCAUCUGAUUACAAUGCAUUCCGUUUACAUAGGGCAGUCCAAAGCAUUACCUGUGUUGAACUGUCGGGAUCUCAAACUUAAAGUACCCUCUGCUGCCUCAGGAGUCUACUGGAUUGACCCGGAUGGUGGCUCCCAUGGAAACGCUUUCCAGGCCUUCUGCGACCAACAGACAGCUGGAGGGGGCUGGACACUAGUUUGGAGUUAUACCUUCACGGAUUACAAAAAUUUUGGCAGUAACUCAAACGCAGUCACCCCUCGUCCUACCUGGACAUUCAGGCGUGCUAACACUCGGGUAUCUACGAUAGUUCCACUCAGCGAGACCCACUAUGAAGCCGUGGACUUUACUUUGUGGCGCACCAUUGGCAACCAGACUCUGAUUAAAAGUAACAUCAACAACUGGAUCGCUUGCAAGGAGGGCAGUGGCAGCAUAGUGAGACAGAAGGCCGGGUCACUCAGCUGCACACUGGUUAAACAGGUUUCACAGCAGUGUGCUGGGGUUGUACCAACAUCCUUUGUGUUAAACAGUGACGGACCUCGCCUGUCCAGUACCAGUUCGUUCUACUAUUUUGACGGUAGUACGAGCGGCAGUUGGCCUACGCAUGAUCCAUGUGGUAAAGGCCAAGCAAAUCAGUUAACAGGUGUAGCUAAUCCACACGGUAACGUUUUUGUUCGUUAAGUAAGUAUUUGAUUUGGUUCUUGAAGUUUCGGUUUUAUUGACAAAACACGAACUGUGAAUUUAUUGAAAGCCUUAAAAUAUGUUUCUGUAGAUCUGUUCAUUGUUACACUAAGCCUACACAAUGAUCGUGAAAAAAACGCAAAGGUCAAAUAAACAAGUUUGACAGCAGUGUGCUGUGGUAAUGCCAUAAUUCCUAGUGUGAAGUAGCACCCACGGCCCUCAUCUGUCCAGGAGCAUUGUCCUCGAUUAUUUUUACAGUAGUACACUGGGUGAUUGGCCCAUACAUGAUCAAUGUGGUACAAAUAAGGCAAAUCAGCAAAAAGAGCUAAAAAGGAGUAGCUAAUCCACAUGGUAAUAUCUUUGUUUGUUAAUUUCAUUCUUUUUAAAGUCAAUCUUUUUUUGUUCCACCCGCUUAAAAUGAGAUAAAAGCUACAUAGAACAGACUUAUCGCCAAUUAUAUAAUCACUCGCAGAUCAAAAAAAUUAUGCCCUCCCCAGACAGAGCCAUUAUCAACUUUGUUUAUAUUUACGUGUCCUAGACUAUCAUGUAUGUACGUGGCAGUAGUGUCGAUGAAGAGGGAUAAUGUUGUGGCUCCUCUGUUCUUAAGUGAGAAUCCACUAGAACUUAGUAUUCAAUUUCAAAUUUAAUUUGAGCAAAGGUUACUCCCAGCCCGUAUGUAUUUAUUGUUCGGUGUAGCAGUAUUUCAUUAGCCACUGGGUAAAAACAUCAUCUAGUCUAUAUUUCAUUUCAAUGACAAACGUCUCAAUGCUAUUAGCUUGUUAAGUAAACGAAGUGUAACUUGGCCUAUUAUUAAUUUUGCAGGAACCUGCAGAUAAUUAAGAAUUACAUCAAAACAUUGAGUAAUACAAGUUGAAGAAAAGCUCCGGCCAGAUUUCUAAUAUGGGUUAAAUUACUUAAAAGACGAUUUAGAAUUAACCGAGUUAAAUCUUUGGCUUGGCGUAGGUGUCAUUUUAAAACUUGCUUACUUAAUUUUUUUCUGCCCAAAAAACCUACCAAUUCCUUUACUAUAUUGGAUUUUUUUCUUUUUAUCCCUUUGAUCUUUCUUUCUGUAUUUUACUGCUGGUUAAGACCUUUUUAGAGGCCAAGGCACAGUUUUCUCCACCCAGAUCUCACUCGUUUGCAGAUUAUUGACUGAGAUCUGGAUACGAUAUUACGGCAUUGUUAGUCCCACUCAGCGAGACCCACUAUGAAACCAUGGACUUUACUUUGUGGCUACCAUUGGAAACCAGACUCUGAUUAAAAGUAACAUCAACAACUGGAUCGUUUGCAAGGAGGGCACUAUAGUGAGACAGAAGGCCAGGUCACCCAGCUGUAAAAUGGUUAAACAGGUUUCACAGCAGUGUCCUGGGGUAGUGUUAAAAUCCUUCCAUUUAGACCACCGUGGACCUCAUCUUAACGGCAACAAUCUCUAUUGUUACUUUGAUGGUGAUACAAGAGGAGAUUGGCCCAUGUGGGACAGCCUUUGCUAACCAACUCAGUAAAGGGCGUUGCCAAUCCACACGGAAAUAUUUUCAUACAUUAAAAUAUAAUAACUAAAUAUCUGUUAUCUGCUCGUACCAUGAUAUUGCCUUUUUCCGAUAAUUCGGAUACAUUUCAGAUUUGUAAUGCAUGAUUGAGUGAUUCUAUCAGUUUGAUUCGCGCUUUGUUUUUUAGUUUUAACCUUUCACUUUAUGUUGUUGUUGCUUUUGUUUUGUUUUGUAUUGUUUUUCUCAUUGACCCCGAUAUUUUUAGAAGAUAGGGCACAAUACUGAACUCUGUCGCUUCAAUUAUUUUCUACCAUAAGGUAAUGAUCUCACUCGUUUGCAGACCUUUGGCUGAGAUCUGGGUACGAUGGCGUUACGGUGGUAAUAUAAAUCAAAUGUGUCUGCCAUAAAUGAUUAACAACUAAAAGAAAGUGUCCGUAAUAGAUACACAAUAUCAGUAAUCAGUUAGUUUUUAUUUUGAACGUUAAUUUUGUUAUUCGGUGGGGUAUAAACAGAGAAACACGAGACAGGAAAUCCUCUCUUGGAAAGUACACAAGAGAUGACAAGUCAAAAUUACCGAUCGCGAUAAAAAAAGAGGUACCAGAGUAAAGCACCAAAGUACAGGAAGUAACAAAUAUCUAUGAACACCACUUGAAGGUUUAGAAAGAGUACUUGGGUGUGAUUGGGUGGUGGCAGCAUGCUUCAUGAAACCCUUCCUCUAUUUUAUUUUACAUGGAUCAGACUACGCCAAUUUCGCGACCCUGUUUUAAACCUGACCAGUCAGGCCCCUGGCCUGACGUAAAAUUAGAUACCCCUCUAUCAGGCCCUAUUACAGACAAGCCGUUGCUACAACGCGUGCAUUAUGGACCCAGAAUGAUAUAAAUGAUUAAUGAUCCCAGCUACACAGGACUACUUCCGUUUAAUUCACGUCAAACAGCUGAGAAGGGGUAUAAAUUCCUUAUUUCAAUCUUCUUAAACACGGAAACAAGUUGCGUCUUCCAACGAAAACAACAACCACCAAACUCCAGUCCCCGGUUUCAAAUUGAGCAUAUUCUCUCCGCUACCUCAGACUACGAUGACUGAAAAUUACGCUUAUAUGUACAUACAUAUUCGUGAACAUGACUCACAGACAUACCCUUGAACGCGGGACAUACCCAUAUGGCUUAAAUGACCCGCGGUAGCUACUAUUGAUACUGUGACAUCAGUAUCACUUUCGUUCCAUCCUUUGCCUGCCCCUACUAGCUUGUUAUAUUAAUUCGAGCCAUUGACGGGGGGUAAAGGUUGUUCAGUAGUUUAUAAUGGUAAUUGAACUGAGUGGAGUGCAAUUUGGUCUGAAAUCAUACGCGUGAUUUCAAAAUCGAACGAGCGCGCAGCGCGAGUUCGAUUUGAAAUCACAAAUAUGAUUUCAGACCAAAAUUGCACGACACGAAGUUCAAUUACCACUUUAUUACUUUCACUUUGAAAUCGCAGAACUUAGUCAGUACUAAUAUUUUAUUGAUCAAGUAGCCGGUUUGUUAAAAAGCCGAAACAAAAAGGCUUUUACAUCUCAUUUUGUAUUCCAAACAGAAACGAUGCGAUAUAGAACAAAAAUGGUGCAAUUUAAAACAGAAAUGAUGCGAUUUAGAACCUGAAUGACGCGAUUUGGAACAGAUGCGAUUUAGAGCAAAAAAUGGUGCGAUUUAGGAAUAAAUCACAUCGCUGAGAGCCAAUCAGAUUGCACAGAUAGCCAGUGAUUUCAAAGUGGAUGUAAUAAAGCUUGGAAUUGGAAGUGGAAAUUAGAGGAUUUAAAUUGACAGAGCCUCUUUCAUGGGUAAUUGAUCAGUGGUGUGAUCAAUUUCUGGUUCAUAGUUAGUUUGGAAUAGGGUAGGGAUUGUUGAUGCUUAGUGGAAUAGGGUCGCAAACUGCAGUCAAACAGGUCUUGUAAAGGCUAACGGUCCAUGAGGGUCGUAACAACAUGCCCCCACCCAAAAAUUCCUGGAGUCGAGUGCACCCUCGUGGCCAUUGAUUGGAUAAAAAAGAUCACUGUCAGUUAAAAUGUGCUGCCGAAAAUCCCCGUCCUGCGAGAUAUAUAUACAGUCUUGCAACCAAUGAGGCCAAAUCAUUUGCUGUUGGCCUUGAAGAGAACAGAGGAAUUUUUACAAUGUUUUGCCAUCCUCUUUUGCCCAGGAUUUUUAUCUACUUCUGUGUUUUCGUCAUAGCCAGGUAAGGUUGACUUAGAAAGCUUUGAUUUUUGUUCCUUGUAUACUACUAUUUUGCUAUCCGUGGGAGCUCAAUAUGCCUUUCUCAAUGCCUUUCAUUUAGGCUUUCCGACUUCGAAAGGCUUCGAAAGAUUGGUUCGAAAUUUCAAAGUUAUGCCGUUAGAUUAUGUUAUCGUUAAUAUAGAGUCAUAUUGUGAUUUUCUGGUACCUCUAACAAAGUUAAUAAAAUUUGAAUCACGCACAAAAAAUGGCAUUCUGGUACCUCAAUGGGUGUUUCAGAAAUUUUCCGACUACCAAUUCCCGCCAUGUCUAUUAGGGGAUAGCCCCUUGCUUUGUUAUCGACCUUUGAUUCAAACCGGCUUUUCGCUUUACUGAGACAACUAACUUUAAGGGCAUUGUACUGUCAGUGUGAUUCAUCGGCGGACAUGCUUAUCAUCAAAAAACAACUUGGGGCAUAGUUACUGGCGUGGAAUGGUUAAAGCCCUUCAGACAUUGUUAAUGCUUUACUAGAGUUGAAGGUGCACAACGUUUACUGAUAACUGAGAUAACAUUCCCAACGAUCGUUGUGAUCUUUACUGACCAAUCUGAGCAAUAAAACUGCCAAAUUAAUUUAUUUUGUCACAAUUUUUUAAAUCGAUGAAGAACGUGCACAGCGCACUCAACUUAUAUGUUACUUGAAAGAAAACCACUUAACUUAGUCAGGCCGUGUUUUUUUAGAGCUGUACUGGACCAGGAAAGGCACAGAGUUCUCGAGACAGAUUCAAAAGGAAAUCUUUACCUGUACAAGUCCGCUUUGCUUUGCAAAAGUGAGAUAAUCAAACGAUUAACUGAAGAUAACUUCAGAGUGGUUAAACCGAGCGCUACUGAAGGUAAAGUACAUACAGAGUUUUCAGUAAAUAUUAUGGCAAACUGAAAAGCGUCUUUUCGCAAUCCGCAGGCCACCCCAGGUCACAACCCUCCAUAAUUAAUCAGUUUUUUGGCAUCACAUAAAGCCAAUAUAUACAACAAGUAAAAUUCAUAAUUCUAGUCUUAUACAAAAUCUACUUUCCCCUCCCCCCUACACACACACACCCACCCACCCAGCCACCAUUAACAACAACAGCAACUUUGAAACAACUUGUCUGGAUACAAUAUUUCUUUUUUUACAGGGGGAUCUAAAGAAUUUUCAGUGUUAAACUGUCUGGACCUCAAACUUAAAAUACCCUCUGCUGCAUCAGGGGUCUACUGGAUUGACCCGGAUGGUGGUUCCCAUGGGAAUGCUUUCCAGGCCUUCUGUGACCAACAGACAGCUGGAGGGGGCUGGACACUAGUUUGGAGUUAUACCUUCACGGAUUACAAAAAUUUUGGCAGUAACUCAAACGCAGUCACCCCUCGUCCUACCUGGACAUUCAGGCGUGCUAACACUCGGGUAUCUACGAUGGAGGAGGCUGGACACUAGUUUGGAGUUACACCUUCACAAAUUACACGAAUUUUAAGAGUGGUUCAAAUGCAGUUACCCCUCGUCCUACCUGGACAGCCAGAAAAGCCAACACUCGAGUAUCUACAACAGUUCCACUCAGCGAGACCCACUAUGAAGCCAUGGACUUUGCCUUGUGGCGCACCAUUGGUAACCAGACUCUGAUCAAAAGUAACAUCAACAACUGGCUCGUUUGCCAGGAGGGUAGUGGUAGCAUAUUGCAACAGAAAGAUGGGUCACUCAGCUGUGAAAUAGUUAAAAAGGUGGUCCCAAAGAAGUGUGCUCAGCAAGAGUGGUCAGCAUCAUCCUAUUCUACAAAGAGCAGCGACAAUGGGCCUUACAUAUUUCUUGUCAAUUUAUAUUAUUUCUUUGAUUGUAGUACAGACAUAAUCCAUGUACUUUAA